AUGGCGGGAGGGCGACCGAUAAGGGCGCUGAACGUGGCGGAGAAGCCGUCGGUGGCAAAGGCGGUGUCAGGAAUACUCUCGAAGAACCCAUCGAGCGGGGGGCUAAGAGUGCGAGACGGGCGGUCAAGAUACAACAAGAUCUUUGAGUUUAAUUACACAAUUCAGAACCAGCAAUUUCACAUGUCUUUUACUUCCGUCACUGGCCAUCUCAUGGAGCUCGAAUUCGAGGAACGCUAUCGCAAGUGGCAUUCCUGUGACCCCGUUCAACUCUACCAAGCCGCCGUCAAGAAAUAUGUCCCCGAGGAUAAGUUAGAUAUCAAGAGGACGCUGGAAGAAGAAGCUAGAAGGUGUCAGUGGCUUAUCCUGUGGCUUGAUUGCGAUAGAGAAGGAGAAAAUAUAGCAUUUGAAGUCGUUGAAGUUUGCACACAAGCAAAUCGAAAUCUAAACAUCUGGAGAGCUCGUUUCUCUGCAUUAAUUGACAGAGAAAUUCAUUAUUCAAUGCAACAUCUUCUUCGACCUAAUCAACUGUUUGCCGAUGCAGUAGAUGUUCGACAAGAAAUAGAUCUCCGUAUAGGUGCUUCUUUCACUAGGUUUCAGACUAUGCUUUUGAGAGAUGCAUUCAACCUUGAUUUCACUACGGAUGACAAAAAUAUCAUAUUAAGCUAUGGUCCUUGCCAGUUCCCCACACUGGGCUUUGUUGUGGAGAGAUUCUGGGAAAUACAAUCACAUGAACCUGAAGAGUUCUGGACAAUUAACUGUACUCACAAUUCAGAGGAAGGCCUUGCUACCUUUAGUUGGAUGCGUGGGCAUUUGUUUGAUUACACAUGUGCGGCAAUAAUAUAUGAAAUGUGUGUCCAAGAACCCACUGCAACUGUAACGAGAGUUAGACAACAGGAGAAGCUGAAAUAUCCUCCUCAUCCUUUAAGUACAAUUGAGCUUGAGAAACGCGCAUCACGCUACUUUCGUAUGAGUUCUGAACACACCAUGAAGGUGGCGGAAGAUUUAUAUCAAGCUGGUUUUAUCAGUUAUCCCCGCACUGAGACUGACGGCUUUUCUGAGAGAACAGAUUUGUGCAUGAUGGUACAAGAGCAGCAAGUGCACCCUGUAUGGGGCUCAUAUGCCCAAAGGUUGCUGGAUCCUGAAGCACGACUUUGGAGAAAUCCUAGUGGUGGUGGGCAUGAUGACAAAGCCCACCCUCCUAUUCACCCAACGAAAUUUUCGGCUGGAGAAGCUGGAUGGAGUCAAGAUCACCAUAAAUUAUAUGAACUGGUGGUUCGCCAUUUCCUGGCCUGUGUUUCGCAACCAGCGGUAGGGGCUGAAACUACAGUUGACAUUGACAUUGCAGGAGAACUGUUUUCGGCAUCUGGGAGAAUGAUAAUUGCAAAAAACUACUUGGAUGUAUAUCGAUUUGAAUCAUGGGGUGGUUCAAUGAUCCCAACAUACAAUUUUGGACAACAGUUUACCCCAGCAACAUUAACUCUUGAUUCAGGAGUUACUAGGCCUCCACCUCCUUUAAGUGAGGCUGAUUUGUUAAGUUGUAUGGACAAGGCAGGCAUUGGGACAGAUGCAACAAUGCAUGAUCACAUAAAAAAGCUCCUUGAUCGAUUCUAUGCCACAAAAGACUCAAAUACUCGUUUCUCACCUACGAAACUUGGCGAGGCUCUGGUCAUGGGAUAUGAUGAUAUGGGUUAUGAAUUGUGGAAACCAUAUCUCCGUGCUAUGAUGGAGAGUGAUAUGAAAGCCGUUAGCAUGGGCACAAAGAGCAAAACUGAAGUUUUGGAAACUUGCCUACAGCAAAUGAAAGCUUGCUUCGUAGAUGCCAAAUCAAACAAAGGAAAGCUCUUUGAAGCCAUGGCUGUGUUCUUUGAGAGAUCAAACAGAUCUAGUACCAAUGAGCAGAACACAGUCACUGAGGUUGUUCGGAGAUGUAAUAUCUGCCAAGAAUCAGACAUGGUUCUCAGGAGAAAACCGGAUGGAAACUUCAUGGUUGGGUGUAUGGGCUUCCCCCACUGCAAGAAUGUUGUCUGGCUUCCUGGAUCAGUAUCAGAAGCAGUUGUUACCACUAAUGUUUGCAGCAGCUGUGCUCCAGGACCCGUUUACCAGAUUCAGUUUAAAUUUCGUCGGCUGGAAAUACCACCAAACUACAAUGUUGAUCAUUUAGGUUGCAUUGGAGGCUGUGAUGAUAUUCUAAGGCAGCUAGUGGAAAUUUGUGGAACUGGUUCACGCAACAGCUCCAGUGUACCAGGUAGAGGAUCAGGGCAUACUCCGUCAUCUAACAGUGCUCAGCGAAGUAACUCUAGAGGGCAGGGUGCUUGUGUAAACUGUAGACAAACUGGGCAUUCUUCCGAUGUUUGUCCUUCAAGGGUUUCACGUGGUCGAAAUGUGCGAUCUCAGGAAGCUGACGCUCAAGAGGGGGAAUCUUCAAUUCCAUGUAGCUCCUGUGGUGCACCUUGUGUUCUUCGCACUGCUAAUACUGCAAAUAAUAGAGGGAGAAAGUUCUAUUCAUGUCGAUUGCAGGAAUGCAACUUCUUUGUUUGGGAAGAUAACAUAAAUGAAGGAGGCAGAGUUGCACGUGGAAACAUAAGUAGAACAGCAUCAAACCCCAGCAGGAGUGGCGUCCGUGGCAGGGGUGGCCAGAGUGGAAGACAAGCAAACGAUGUAGCAUUUGUGUCUGCAACAGGUGAACCCGUAUCCGGCAGGUGUUUCGUUUGUGGCGAUCCAUCGCACUUUGCAAAUGUUUGUCCAAAUCGUGGUAGGUAA